AUGGAACACCAGAAACGUAUUACCGAAAGUACCUCUGCAAUGAAUUCAGAUGUCUCUACGUAUGACAAUAAAUUGUCCAAAGCUGCAAACAAGCUGACCGAAAGCCGUGAUGAUAAAGGUAGAGGUUUUGCUCAUCUGCGUUCAUUCGUCUAUCUUACACCCUCGAUUGACCCUGGAGGUGGUAAACCUUCGUCUUCUAAAUACGACGAUGCUACCGACGGAUUGCAAAAGUCUGUGGAUGAGAAGACUGCCCAAAAACUGACAGCUGAUCAACGGCUCGAAGCCAGUAGGGCAAAAAAAGAGGAACUAAAACGGUUGAAAGCCAGGCUAGAAGUACUCAAGCUUACAAGGGCACAAAGGGAGCUCGCACUUCACCUCGAAUGGAAGGAACGUGAAGAGAAGUUUUUGCAAGUUUCAAAGCAAAAUAUGGCUUUCAUCAACGAAGCGCUGGCUCGGGACCAAGCUAUGCUCGAUGCUCUAGCUCAGCAGAAAGCCGAGUUCGCCAAAGAGAAAGACUUGUUGGCUCAGCAGAACGCGUCGCAGCAGGCCUCGCUGGCUGCGAAGGAGGUCUCGCUGGCUACGAAGGAGGCCUCGCUGGCUACGAAGGAGGCCUCGCUGGCUCAGCAGAACGCAUUGUUGGCUCAGGAGAAGGCAUCGUUCGCUCAGGAGAAGGCAUCACAGCAGGCCUCGCUGGAGAAGGGCUCCUUGCUUGAUCAGCUGGCGCGUGAGAACGCCCUGCUGUCUAUCUCGCUGGCUAAGGUCGAGGUGUCGGCGGCUAACACCCAGGCAUCGGUGGCUAACGCCAUGACCGAGGCGGCCAAGGCCAAGGCCGAGGCGGCUAAGGCCAAGGCCGAGGCGGCUAACGCCCAGGCGUCGGCGGCUCAGGACAAGGUCGCGCUGAUUGCGAAACAUCAAAAGGAAAUUGAAAAUAUGGAGCAGCUCAUGGCUAACGAGCGUCAUAAAGCAUUUUUACAAGUACAAAACGCCUCCAAAUUGAUGAAUCAACUUUACAGAGAGAGACCCCAGAAUGAAGGAGAAGAAAAUAAGGCGAUUAAGAAGCAAACAGCGCAAAAUUAUGAAUCUAUGAUGGCCCUGGCUUUCGGGUUACUUCAGGAUGACGCUCGUCUGAAGCUUGCCAAAUCGCUUGGAAAGGGUAAUUGGGAAGAAGUCAGCAAAAUGUCGCAGACACAAGCGGAUCUCCCUGCCUUAAUUUAUUCAUUGAAACCGGAGCUUGAUAUCAGGACGUUAAACUUCCUUUGCUUGCCGGACGAAGCUCUAAAUGAAGUGAACUUUGCUGCCCAUAACACAAAUCCAACUCUGAUUCGCAUGGCGCUAGACCAUCUCUUCAUUAAAUCACCUCGUGCUUCCCAGUAUCUCGCUCAUAAAAACGUUCAACCCGAACAAGUUUUGGAUUUUUUAGUAGAAUCUCAUGCGAUUUUGGCUCGCCAAAUAUAG